CUGAUAGAGUGUUUCAUUUAAAAACGUUGGGUAGAAAGUGUAGAGGCGCAUUCAUCUUUUCGGUGAAGUGGCCUCGACACGACGUUCGCAGUUGUGGGUUCUUUCGCCACCUGCACACCUGGAGGAAGGUUGUUAUCGGAAAGUGACAAGAGAAAGAAACAAAAAGCUUUUUCAAAGGUAUUAUUUGACAACUAUCCCAAGAUGACUGGUCGCGCCAGAGCACGAUCCAGGGGCAGGGCACGUGGUCAAGAGAUUCCAGUACCUGGAGCGAGCCGGGCUCGAGAGGCUGAACCAGCACCUGCACCUUCUGCUGAAGGAGAGCUAGUUGGUCGAGGGAGGCAGAAAGGUACUCCGGGGCCAUUCGCUGGAGAAGCUGUUGUGCAGAUAUCAGCUGGGUUUCAGCAGGUGAAACUUGGAGAAAGAGGUGGACGCCGUCGUGACUUUCAAGAUGUAGGGGUGAACACCAGGCAGGCUAUGGAGCAUGUGAAGGACUCAAAGUCUGGAACAAGUGGAAGACCCAUUCAGCUGUCAGCCAACUUCUUUCGGAUUAUGUCCCGCCCCCAGUGGGUUCUGUAUCAGUACCAUGUGGACUUCAAUCCACCAAUGGAGUCUCGUCGUUUGAGAUCUGCACUCCUCUACCAGCAUGAGGAAACACUUGGCGCAGCACGGAGCUUUGAUGGAGCUCUGCUCUUUCUGCCUCACAGAUUGCACAGCAAGGAGACUGUGCUUCACAGUGAAACAAGGAACGAGGAAAAGGUUAAGAUAACGGUCACGCUGACAAAUGAACUUCCACCGACAUCACCAGUAUGUCUUCAGUUAUACAACAUCAUCUUCAGAAGGAUUUUGAGGAUACUCAACAUGCAGCAGAUUGGACGCAACUACUACAACCCCAAAGAUUCACUCAACAUCCCACAGCACAGGCUGACCAUCUGGCCCGGUUACUCCACCACCAUUCUGGCAUAUGAGUCAUCGAUCAUGAUGUGCACUGACGUGAGUCACAAAGUGCUUCGCAGUGAGACGGUCCUUGACUUCAUGAUCAACUUGAGGCAGCAGUGUGGAAGUCAACGCUUCCCAGAGGCCUGCACCAAGGAGCUUGUUGGACUCAUAGUCCUCACAAAAUACAACAACAAAACCUACAGGAUUGAUGAUAUUGCAUGGGAUCACACUCCCAACAACACAUUCAAGAGGGGAGACACAGACAUCUCCUUCAUGAAAUACUACAAGACUCAAUACAACCUGGACAUCACUGAUGGGAACCAGGUGCUGCUGGUCAGCCAUGUGAAGAGGCUGGCGGGUCCUCCAGGAGCUGCUCCACCUGGUCCUGCCAUGCUAAUCCCAGAGCUGUGCUACCUUACAGGGCUGACUGAUAAGAUGCGAGCUGACUUCGUGAUCAUGAAGGACUUGGCCUCCCACACCAGACUGGGCCCAGUGGACCGAGAGGGACGCCUCAACAGAUUUGUCCAUAAUAUACAGAAGGAUGCUGAUGCACAGUUGGAGCUGGAUAAGUGGGGACUCAGCUUUGAUAAGCAACUCCUAAAUAUGAAUGGCAGAGUUCUCCCAGCGGAGAGGAUUUUCCAGGGAUCAAGAUCGUAUGAGUACGACCCCAUGUCAGCUGACUGGUCCAGACCGAUGCGUGGGUUGCCUAUCAUCUCAUCCCCUCCACUAAAUGACUGGCUCAUGUUCUACACCCGUCGGAAUGGCAAUGAAGGCCAGUCUCUCUUGCAGACCCUCGGCAAAGUGUCAGGUCCACUUGGUAUCCGCAUGCAGAGACCUGUCAUGAUUGAGUACCAGGAUCAUCAGGAGUCUCUCUUCCGAGCUCUGCAGCAGAAUGUUGGACCUCAAACACAGAUGGUGGUGGUGAUCCUACCCAGCAACAGGAAGGACAAGUAUGAUGGUGUCAAGAAGUUCCUCUGCGUGGACUGUCCCACUCCCAGCCAGUGUGUGCUGGCCCGUACCCUCAGCAAACCUCAGGCACUCAUGACUGUGGCUACCAAAAUUGCCCUUCAAAUGGCUUGUAAGAUUGGAGGAGAACUGUGGAGCGUGGAAAUCCCUCUCAAACAGCUGAUGAUUGUGGGCAUUGACUGCUACCAUGACAUUGCUGCAGGGAAAAGGUCCAUUGGGGCUCUGGUGGCCAGCCUCAACCAGAGCAUGACCAGGUGGUUCUCAAAGUGUGUGCUGCAGCACAAAGGUCAGGAGAUCAUGGAUGGACUGAAGAUGGCCUUAAGUGCUGCACUGAAAGACUAUCUGAAGUUCAACAACUGCCUGCCGUCACGCAUCAUUGUGUACCGAGAUGGAGUCGGUGAUGGCCAGCUGUCCAGUGUGGUCAACUAUGAGGUUUCACAGAUCAUGGACUCCAUCAAGUCCAUGGGACAUGACUACAUGCCCAAGCUGAGUGUGGUGGUGGUGAAGAAACGCAUCAGCAGCCGAUUCUUCGCCUUCAUCAACGGCAGAGUGUCCAACCCUCCCCCAGGCACCAUCAUUGACACAGAGGUCACCCGUCCUGAGUGGUAUGACUUCUACAUCGUGAGUCAGUCUGUCCGCAUUGGAACUGUGUCCCCAACCCACUACAAUGUGGUGUAUGACACCAGUGGACUGAAGCCUGAUCACAUGCAGCGGCUUACUUACAAGCUGUGCCACAUGUACUACAACUGGCAGGGAAUCAUCCGAGUGCCUGCUCCCUGCCAGUACGCCCACAAGUUGGCUUUCCUUGUGGGUCAGAGCAUCCACAGAGAACCCAACAUGCAUCUGGAUGACCUCCUCUUCUACCUCUAAUGACACAAAGAUGACCGCUAUAAAGUUCUUGAGUUAUUGGUUGCGAAGUUCAGUUUUGUAUUUAUCUUUUCAGUGUGAGUUAAAACAGCUGUGUGUGUGUGAAGGUAAGCAGCUAAAGGUUUACAUUACAGGUUUGAGUCUAGUGUAAAGACAGUGAAACCAUGUGAAAUGGAACAAGAGGAACCUAGAAUCCUUUCAACGGUUUUCAUUUGUACGAGUGAAGUAAAGAGUGUUUAACUUUCUUUUUUUUUGACUUUGUUCAUGAGACGAAAAGGUCCUGUUUGUUUGAAACAGUUAAAAUAAAAACUGUUGUCAUCUC